AUGAUCUCCAAAGUUGCUUUACUAUUGUUUGCGAUCACGGUCGUGUCCCCAAUCACUGGCACAGCCGGAGACGACGUCACCAACAAAGUGACCUGUGAUCAAACAUAUCGUGGGGUUAAAACUCAUGCUCGUUGCAGCACUGAUGGUUACUUCUAUGAUUGUAGUGAUUGCACUGAUGGAACUGCAAAGGGACUGUUCUGCGUCCAUACAAAGGGUAUUCCAUCAAAACUGCCUGACGCACAAACACCAGGGGUUGUGAAGGACGCAGCAUGUAUCAAUUACGAGAAGCUUACCCGUGACAACAAACCAUUCGGCUAUGGGUGCUCCACGGGAAAAGUUCCACAAAGUUUAUUUUGUAAUGAUCUAGAUUCAAAGACAAUUCCAACUUGUCAGAAGUGCAAAAAAGGAGGUAAAAGACCUGACCUGAUUGUUUAG